UUAGUUACUGAGUCGCUCUAAAAUUGUGAAGAACUAAAAUACAUAAAUCCCAAUAUUUUUUACAUGUGGCGUCGGUUUUUCCACUCAUCUUCCACCAUAUCACCAUCCAAGUCCAAUCUAAACCACCAAUAUGUCGUAUAAUGUGUAAUUUGUGGAAAAAUUGUGAGAAAAAAUGUACUUUUUCGCCAAAUAUCUCGAUGUGCAGUGUUGUUUCGGAUAAAAUGGAUUUUUUCGCCACACCAAGUCCGUACGGCAUCUUGUGAGGAACGCAUUUUCUUCGUAUAAUGUCGCUGUUCAAGACGCCACAAUACAAAACGCCUGCCGUCGCUGUUGUUUGCAAUCCUCCUUGCCACAAUUAAAAAAAAAAUAAUUCAAAAAAUGUACAGCUGUUGUUUAAUAAAGAAAUCAAUGCAUUUUUAAUGAAAAAAAACAUUCAAAUGCAUUAAGAACCAGUGACAUAAUUUUUAUCAGUAAUAAAAAAAAUAAAUCCAGUGAACUUUUCUUUGCAAAUUCAAGACUAUUUCGUUAAGAAGGCUCAUUGAUAAAACGACCACGAAUUGUACGUUUUCUUAUGCAUUACCCACAGCAACAUUAGAGAAGAAGAAAAACUUAGAAACACUCCGGAAGUGAUAAGAAAAUGUGCAAAUUAUUGUUGAUUAAAAAAAAUCAUGAUAUAUUGAAAAUUUAAAUUGUGAAAGUGAACAUUUAUACAAAAAAAACUUGAAUUUUUAAAAGCUCUUUGAAGAAAAAAGGAAGAAACUGCUGAACAUUGGUGAAAAAGUAGUGCCUUUUUUUUUUGGUAAAAAUCCACACUUUUAGGUACCUAUCUAAAAAAAAUCCAAGACAAUUACUGGAAACAAAUAGGAAAUUAAUCAACCGAAAAAAUUUAAUUUUUUGACAAAAAAAAUCUUAAACAUUCUUUAAAAGUGCAUUUAAGACCCGAAAGUUCUUCACAAGUGAAACCGAUAAUUGCUAAAACAGCUUAUCGAGCGACGUGUAUACGCAAAAAGGAGCGACUCGAAGAGAAAAAUUCCAUGAAAGACACUCAUUUGGACGAGAAGGAUAAUUUUUUCUGAUUGAAUUAUACGUUUCCCAGAAACGAAAUUUUCCCGGAAAAAAAGAGCUAUCGAGUGUAGAGCAGUGGAUAUAGAUUAGAGUAAGUGUCGUAUAGUACGGUUAAUACAAGUGCAACGGUUUUAUAUGCCAAAAGUGCAUACGGCGUCGUUGUGUCGCUCACAAAUCGAUGUCAACGGAACAAGUGCGAAUGAAUAGAGUGGAUGUUGCUGAUGAUGGUAUAGCGACGCGAUGAAGAAAUCCACAAGUACUGCCAGAACCACCGGCAGCGGGAGUAGUGCAGCAACAGUGGAGGCGACAGUGGUGUUUGGCAGUUGCCGGCAAUUGGGGCAAAGGAGAUGAGCAUAUAAGUGCAUUCAGAAGCCACCCCGUUGAGGGUAAUGUGCAUCCACCGAGUGGUUGCAAUAGAGACAACUACUGAGCACCAAGCCACCCCCUAGUUCGUACUUGGCCUCCGUAUAUAUCCUGAGCUCUAACUAUCCCUUGCACCCAAAGUACUUGGCACACACAGCCGCAACGUGAAAAUGUUUGGUGAUUCCCAUUUGUUGAGUUAGAGUUUUUUGUUUGCUCCUCCAUUCGUUUCUUUUUUUAAAACCCUCCCUCCCCUUAACCUCCCGUACAUCCCCACCCCCACCCCGCUGAGCAGUCCUAUCCUAGAAGGGAAAAAACGCAAUUUUUGUGUGUGCAAGAAAAACUGAGGCAACAGGAUAAAAAAGUAUGACUUUCUUCCCCGAUUUUCGUGUUACGAGAAAUAUUUUUCAGUGAUUUUUCCAUAGCGCAGGAACAUUUUCAUACACUGUGUGUGAGACUAUUUUAACCAGGCGAGAGACUAUAAGAACUACGAUUCUGUAUUGCACUGUUCCUUCGGUGACGAAAAAAAAAGCAGAGAGAGACAUUUUCCCAGAAAUUGCCCCGAGAAGGGUGGAAAAAAAGUAAUCGAUAGUGGGUGUUUGUGGUGUACAAAGUUUUUCAGCGGCAGCACCCAAGAAGUGCUCAAGAAGUGCAACAGAGAGCAACAUCACGUGUUUGACGUCGUUCGCGAACAAGUGUCCGACAGUGCAGGAUAUUAGCAUCCUUGAAUUCAUCGGGAUAAGCCACAGUUAUAGAGACAUUCUGGCAGUGAAUUGUGGAAAUUCAAAAAGUUCUAUUUAGCUUUGACUGUCGUGAAAUGCGAUAAAUAAUUUCUACGAUCAUAUCAGAUGCACACAAAGUCGUCGCAAAUGUUCGUGCCAUUACUUGUUGCGUCACACUGUGCUGUGACGUCAGACGGAAACGCAUUUUUCAUUUCACCGUUGCCACUAUUUGGACAAUUUUUCGUAAAUAACACGGCUACCGCUAAAAGUAACAAAGACACUAAAUCAAUAAGUGAAGUUAACGAAAAAUAUAUUGGUAGCCAACAAAAAUGGCGGAUUGUUCUUAUGCACGUUGUGUUCAAGAGAGAAGAUUUAUAAAGCGUGAACUACAGAAAUGGACUAAAAGCAUGGUUUAUAUUGUAGGUUUAGAACGAGUCGCUGAAGAAUUGAUGGGACGCAGGAAAUGGAAACUGUACCAAGAAGUUCUUGCCCAAUCACAUAUAAAUACAAAUUCAACAAGUUUAGCGCAAAACAAUACAUCAACAGAUUCUCCGAAUCAAAACAACGGAAAGCAGGAGCAAGUGGAAAAAGAUUCAGCACUGGGUUCUCAAACGCAAUCCAACUUGGAGAAUCAUUCCAAAGACAUUGGGGACACAACGGAGAAUACCCAAAUCAAAGAGACCACUACGAGUCAGGACGAAACAGAGAAUCAUCAGGCACAAUUUGCCACGGGCGACACAGCUGCGGACACCGAGGUGAAGAAAUCAGAGAGCAACUCAAGUGAUAUCAAAGGCAUCACAGUUAGACCUGAAGAGGAGCUACUGGACACGAGACCGCCAAAGCCGGUAGAUUGGCGGCCUCAGGACAAGUGUUAUUUUUGUGUGGACGGAAAACUGCUCGCAGUGAACGAACGGGGAGAGCUGGUGGCUGAGUCCGGCCCGGUUAACGCCGAGCCAGAUCUCGCCAACACGACACCCCUAGAGUCAGAUAGUGAGUCUAGCGAGAGCUGCUCCGAGGCUGAAGUACAAAAUCCCGCGGCUGCUCUCGCAGCGGCCACGCAAAAGUCAGUGGCUGCCUUAUUGCGAGGUGCCAUACCUCCAAAUAUGACUUCAUUGGAGUCGAUGGCAGCCCAACUUGCAGCUGUAGCGUCUCUCCAAGGGCUACCUACAAUGCCGGGUUUAGCUCAAUUCUAUCCAGGUCUCUGGUACCAACAAUUUUCCCAACAUAUGCCUCAUACGAGCUCCGGAGGUAACUCAGGAGAAAUGCUGGCUUCAGGAUCGUCCGCAAGUGGUGCCACAACAAGCCCCACGAUAAAACCCUCGUCUAGCCCCAGUGAGACGAUCACAAAUAGCGAGCAGCCGUUAGACUUAAGUGCAAAAUCAUCACUGUCGUCCUCGGUGGCCCUGGAUCCCAAGCACAUUUUCAAAGCUAAACCUCGAAUGUCUGCUGUGGCAGGUAGGCGAACGUACACAGAGGAUGAAUUGCAAAAUGCUUUGCAGGAUAUCUUAAGCGGUAAGUUGGGCACCAGGAGGGCUGCGGUCCUCUAUGGCAUUCCGAGGUCUACACUUCGGAAUAAAGUUUAUAAGUUGGCAAUGGAACAAAAACGAGAGGCUAAUAUACACCCACUGGUGGGUCCGGUGCUAGAUUUGGAGGACGAAGACAAGGAUCUGUCGGGUGGUGAGGACGAGAAGGAGGUGGAGAAAGCACUGAGUUCACUGCCAUCGACACAAGAGGAACUUCUUCGUUUGUCACAGACACAAUCCUUGGCGGCGGCAACGAUGCAAAAGUAUGGAAAAAUGUACGAUGGUGCAUCGAGUUCGAAAAAUCCCGAAAUGCCAAGUGAGAUGAAUAAGGCGCCAACAACACCACAAAUGGGCCUCCCUGCGGCACCCUGGCUAGAUCCGCACAUGCUACUGCAGAGUUUACUACUCACCGGUGGACUGGGCGCACUACCAGGUUUAAUGCAGAUGAAAUCGGAGGAUGGUGCUGCUGCAGCUGCAGUUCUACCUGAACUGCUGCGAACACUCAUGCUGCAGCAGCAGGAGUUGCUGAAGAAGCAAAUGGAGAGUACGAGUCAGGGUACCAGUGAUCAUUUGAAUAAUGGUAAACCACCGGUUCCCGAUCCACGGCUACUAAUGCAAAAUCUGCCAAUGCCGCAAACCCAUCAGCCAACAAGUCCUUACUUAAAUCGCACAGGAAAGACCGAACCACCAGAGUCGGCCAUCCAAAGUGCUGCCAGUGCAAAUGAUAAUGUAGAUGACUCUGCUGUGAUAUUGAAAAUUCCGUCCUUCAAACCUGUAGCCGGCUCCUCUACGCCAAUCACCAGCAUAGGCAAGAAUGGAGACAGCACGCCUCAGUCUCAAACAGCUGCCACCACACCAAUCCACUCAAGGAGUCCACAGCAGAGCCAUCUCGGAAUUUCGCCUCCGCUUGUGCGCCAAAGUAGCGAAUCACAGUCACCGCCAAUGGCCGCCAAAGGUACCUUAUCUCUGCGAGAUGUUAUUGCGCAGAGUAUCAGUAAGAAUUUCCAACAGCACAUGCCCGUUGAACCACCUGCACCACCACCCCUGCUCAAGCAUACCGAUCACAGCGACCUAGGCUCCCCGUCAGAUCACUACAAGAGACCGAGUAUUUCGGUGAUUAAGAGCCUAGGUGGAGAUAUGAGUCGCUUUGGUGGUGGUGCCAAUUUAAUGGCUAACAGUGCUGCUGCGCAAUCAGCAACUGGAACCGGUGGAAAAGGUACCCGACCAAAGCGUGGCAAAUAUCGCAACUACGAUCGCGAUAGUUUAGUUGAGGCCGUAAAAGCGGUGCAGCGGGGCGAAAUGUCCGUACAUCGGGCUGGUAGCUACUACGGUGUGCCACAUUCCACUCUUGAGUACAAAGUCAAGGAGCGACAUCUUAUGCGUCCACGGAAGCGCGAACCCAAACCACAGCCACUUGACGAUCGCACACUUAGCAGUGGUUCCACGUCAAAUACAAAGUCUUCAGACAUUCCAAGUGCAUCAAGUAUGCGAAGUGGUGUCGACAAGAGUAAAGUCCUUCCAACAACAAAGCCACCCCUGAAGACACCACCAUUCACUGGAUCACCGAAUGGGCUGAAAAUGCCAUUUAUGGAUCCAGCCAUGGCCGCCCAGUUUCAAUAUACCUCACAGCUCUUUUGGCCACAUCCAUCUAGCUUUAGUGGUCUCCCAAUGGACUUCACACGGUCUCCUGGUCCCUCAUCAUUCCCACCGAAUGCAGCUGACAAUUUUUAUGCAUCACACAUUAUACAAAGAAUACAGGAGCAAUCUGUGCGACACCAAAAUGUUAGCGGAUCUGUUACGGCCAGUAGUUCUUCGACACCCAGUAUCAGCUCCAAAAAUGUCCUUACAACAGCAGCAGCUGCGGGCAAUGUACCCAAGACGGCGCGUGAAUUGGCCGAAAGUCUCUACGAUGGUGCCAAUGCCAAUGGCUCCUUCUUGGAUGGUAUUAUACGUCACAGCUUGGAUCGGAAGCCCAGUGAGAUGUCACACGGAGCCCUAUUAGAUCAUUUAGUGAAAAAUAGUUUACCAAGUACAUCCAUGAGCGAUGAGGGUGGUGGGUCGACGAAACGAAGUGCGAGCCCCGCUGCAUUUCCGCACGACAUCAAGAAGGAACGGAAGAGCCCUCUGCAACUCAUGAGUGGUCCCGGUAGUUCAAUUCAGGAUAAAGACCAUUCCUCCAUAUUCUCCGAUAUAUCUAAAGAGUCUGUUGAUAAUUUGUUGAAACUGCGAGAAGGGCUGUCGCUGCGACGGAGUUCAACCGAAGACCACAAUGGUAGUACAACGUCGACGGAUGAUAAACUAAAGAUAAUGUCAUCUGAGAAUGAGGACAGCUCGUAGGAUCACUCCCAGGGACGAAACCCUUGCAUUCAGUGUAUUUAAUCAGCAUCUUUACAUUCUUCGGUGUGACUCAGAAAUUCACAAUAAUAAGCUAAAAAGAAAAUAAAUGAAAAAAAAACUUGAAAGAAACAGAAAACAAGAAAUUAAUCGUAAGAACAUUAUUCACAUAUAUAGGUAUAUAUUUUCGUAUACGUUAGCUGAUAAGACGUACAAGUGUUGACUUAAGAGGAAUAUUUUAUAUUUAUAGUAACAUAUAUUUUCUUUCGUUCUGACAAUCGACACAUAGGCCCCUUCUGGAGAAAAAGAAAGAAGAAAGAUUUUAAAAGAAACCUAUAUAAAAUCAAAGAAAAAUCUUUAAGAUAGAAAGGAAACAAACAAAAAUAUUAAGAAAUCAAACUAAAGCGAAACCAUCAGUAACAAAACAAUAAAAAAAAUAUGAGGAGUAUAAGCCGACAAAUAAACCUUAUAAGAUUCAGCGUUGAAUCAAACAUAAUCACAAGAGGAGGGUAGAUUUUGCCAAUCUCAUGACAAACAUUUAAUGUCACAACCAAACACUCCAUAUUCCAAAUAAAACGGAUUAAGCAAAAACUUUUAACUUCAAGACAUCUCCCAAGGAUUGAGUGUAACUUCUAUGCAAGGAUAGAUUUUUUUUCCUAGGAAACGUGCAACAUUGUUUUCUCGUCACAACUUUUUUGUGUGAAAAUCCCAAUCAUGAGAUCUUUUUUUUAUAUUAUAUACAAUACAUUUUAUGUGUAUUUAUGUGAUUUUAUUUAAUUUUUAAGGAAAUUAUUAAGAAAGUAGACUUUCUAGUAUUUUUGCAACAUUUGGCCAUGUAAUUAGUUAUGCGAUCUCAAGACACUCGCAUGUUUUUCAUUCGACAACAUUUGUUUUAUUGAGAAAAAAAGGAACUGCAAAGCAGUAAAUGAUAAGAAUAUAUAUUAUUUUAGGAAUUCUCGGAAACCUGAACGUCUGGUAAACAAAAUUUACUACUCGAGGACUAAAAUUUAAAGAAAAAAAUGAUAAAAUAUAAAAAUAAAAAUAUAAAAUAAAAAUUUGGUGUUCAAAAUUUAUCAAAAAAAAAACAAGAAAUUAAAGUAUAUUACAUAUUAAACGUAAUCAAUGCAUUCCAAUAUACACAUUUAUAUGUUUGACGUUUACUAUAUUUAUGCAAAAAAAUACACAUUUGAUGUUGAAACCAUAUUUAGCAAAAAAAAAAAGUCACGAAAAAAGUGAAAGAAAAAAACUGAUUGUAAGAAAAUAAUAUCUAAAAGAAAAAUUAUAAAUGUUCGCAUAAAAGUCAUGGAAUAUUUAGCAAAAAAAUGAUCACUAAAAAAUUGUCAAGGAAAAUCGCAUUUACUAUUUUAAACACUAAAUUAAAAAAUUAUCAAAAAAAAAGACAACUUACACUUUACUAUCCAUACAUUUAAAAUAUAUGUGUGUGUCUUCACGUCGCGUAUACCUCAAAAAUAUUUUUAUUAAAUAUUUAGUGUAAAAAAUCAAAAUCUUAAAAUUAUAUGUAUACAUAAACAAUUUUAUUAAUGAAAGGAAAAAAAAGAUGAAAAAACAACCAACCAACAAAUAAAAAAAAUAUUCAUUUAUCACUACUGGUAAUAUACAUUUUGAACACAAAAUUAUAAAUUUUGCUAUAUUCGUGUUGAAUGUAAAAUGCGGAAAAAAUUACUCUUCUAUCUUUAUCUUAUUGCAUAACCCUAUCACAAUUUUACAUUCAAAGUAAAAGGAAGAAAAAAAAAUGGGGGAGAAUAAUCUCCCAAAAUUUUAGAACAACACAUUCAAUGGAUGAUAUUUUGAUGAAAACAUAAAAGAUGGAGUGUCAAAAAAAUCUUGGAAAAUAGAUUAGCGGGAAGAAAAUUUAUAAAAAUAUUAUACACUAUCUGUGAUUUUUAAUCCAAAAUUUUGAUGUAUAUUUUCUCAAAAAAAAGAAGAUGAAUAAAAAAUGAUAAAGAGUUUAAGCAAAAAAGAUAAAUGGGCAAAACUGUUUAGGCACAGACGUUUGAAGAAGUUUUAAAAGAAAAAAAUGUCUGAUGAAAUAAAAGACUUCAAAAUUUUAUCUAUUAUCACAAAUUUCUUUCAUAUUUUUUAUGUUUAGAAACAUACCGAUAUAUUUUUGAAAAUAUUUUUGCUAUAUAAUAUUUCUAUCAGACACAAAAAAGUUUUCUAUAUUCAUUCAAAAAAAAAAGAAAAAUUUCAAAACAGAAGAAUAGGAGAAAAAAAAGAGUAACAUCAAACGGUUUUUCUAAAGUUUCUUAUAUAUAUUUAAAAUGAAGAAAAAAAGAACAUAUAAAAUAUGAAAAAAGAAGAAAGGAAACAAAACAACAAAAUUUUAUGUAUUGAGAAAAAAUCAUAACAAUAAAAAUUUUUUAGUUUAAAAACAAAAAAAAGAAAAUUAAAGUGCAAUUAGAACGAUUUAACGCUAACAUAUUCGUUAAAAGAAAAUAUUUAAAAAGAAAAAUGAAAAAUGAAAUAAUAGGGAAGACAUAAUUAUUCUAUUUACAUUUAUUAAAUAAGUGAAAGAUGAAAAAAAUAUUAGCAGUUGUAAGUUAGAAAAAUAUACUUUAAAAAAUGAAGUGACAGAUUUUUUAAAGGAAAUCAAAACCCAAAAAAAACAAAAGUAAACAACAAAAUCACCUUUGGGGUAUGUGUUUUAUAUUCGGAGAGAAAUAAGAUUGACUAUUAAAAAAAUGAUGAAAAGAAAUCACAAAAAAGAUGAAACAAAUUUUUAUCAAAUUUAUAGGUCCAGUUGAUAUAAUUAGUGCAAUUGAAUUCUUUAUUAUAAAGAGAGGUCUUCUUCUUUUAAAAAGAAAUUGAAUUUAUAUUUAUUUUUUCCUAUAUUACGUUUGUUUUAUCAAUUUAUAUCCAGAAUUGAUUAUUUUUUCUCUUCAAAUAUGAUUACAAUUAUAAUUUUCUGUUUUUGUUUUUUUUUUAAUUGCGCUUUUAGAUACCCUGGCACUAAAAUUGUAAACAUAUCAGAUAACUGUGACACCAGAGCGAAGAAAACCCAAAAAAAGCAUACGAUUCUCUCAGAAAGAUUUUCUUUCAUUUUACUUUUGCUGUUAUACUUCUAAUAAUUUCUUUCAAAUGAAAUUUUAUAAAUAAAAUUGCAAAAUUUUAUAUUCCGUUCGUUUUUUUCCUUAAAGCUUAAUUUUGGAAAGAUAGAAAUGAAAAUAUAAAUAAAAUACUGGAAUGGUACCCCAAAAUCUUUUUUAUCGGUAAAUUGCUAAUAUUUCUAAAGAAAAAAAAAAGAAGAAAAGAAAGUAAAAACCUAAAAGAAAUCAAAGGAAAUAACAAACAAAAAUUUUGCCACAGAAUUGUUAUAGUUACAGAUGAGAAGGAAGAAAUAAAAACACAUACAAGAUUUCAAGAUCAUGUGAAGAAGCUGCAAACUACAAACCACAACCCUCCCUCAGAUAAAUCUACGCCGACAGUCGAUUGUUAAACCGAAACCAAACAUAUUCAACAGACAACAACAAAAAAACACUGAAAUAGAACCGGAAAGAAACUUGGCUCCCAUGCCAAGGUUCCACAUAGCACCACACAUAAUACACAAUUUUUGUUAAACAAUAUAAAGGAAACAAUAGUAAUAGAACCACAUACACAACAUUGCAUACACAUAAACUUUGUGUUUCUCCAUAAUGAUAUUGAGAUUUGCUAUGACUCAUAGUCAAAACACAGUUCAUACUUAAACAUAAAUAAUUUUAAUCUUAAAUAACAAAACACAUUACAAGAAGUAAAUCACAGAAAAAAAUAGCAAAAUAAAAUGAAAGUUUUCAAUUUUUAGCUGGUGAAAUAAUUAAAUAUUAUUAAUUUAAAAGGAUAACGAAACACACGCGAUUCUUUCAUACAAAAAAAAAUGCAUUUCACAGGAAAAAAUUACAAAAAAGGAAUAUUUUGAAAUAGCUAAAAAAAACAAUUGAAUGAGCUGACAAAAACUGUUGCAUAGUAUGACAAAGAAAUAAAAUUUUAAAGAAAAAAACAUAUUUCACGGAACGACAUUGAGAGAAAGAGUAAUGUACGUAGGAUUAAAAUCAAUAAAAUAAUUUUUAAAGAAAGAAAAAUCACAAAAAGUACAAUUUAAUCAUACUACAAUAAUUACGUUAAAGGAAAGUUUUUAAAAGAGUGAAAAAACAGAACUUGUAUUAAACAGAAUAUCAAUAAAAAUAGUAAAUUCCACUUUACAAUAGCCCGUAAAAUUUUAAUUAUUAUUCAUAAAAAAUAAUUACACAUUAAAAAGCAAACAGAACAAGAAAACCAGGAUUACAAAAAAUGCAGUAGCAAUUGAUAGAUGUGAAAAGAUUUGUAAAAAAAAAAAAAAGAAAUAGCCUCAUGCCAUGAAUAGAGAAUGAGGAAAAUGUCGUUCAGCUCUACUAUAUGUGUAAAGAAAAUUGUCUACAAUUUUAAAAAUUCAUAUAAAAAGAAAAUUUCCAAAUGCUUCUAUUUUCAGAAAAUUAAAUCUCAUUUUCCCCACAAAGGAUAUUUCAAAAACAAUUUAAUUCAUCAAAAACCCUCAGCUAACAUUUUCACAGAAUUUUUUUAUAGACAAAUUAAUUAAGGCAAUUCAUUCACAAUAAGCAGAAUUUAACUUGAACAUUGCUUCACAAUAAAUUCCACACAUUUUGCAGUGUUUUUUCCAACAAAUACGAUAUUCCGUGUGCCAGAUUACCAUAUUAGAAAAACAAACGCAGUACACCCCCACUCCCCCUGAAAAAAAGAUUUUCCAAAUAAGUAAGAAAAGGUCUAUUCGCCUUAAACACAACAACUUCUGUGCAUUUUGGAAUUUUAAGAAAAAUAAAACUUGACAAAAAAAUAAACAAAGUGUAUACUAAAAUGUAAAAAGAAAUAUAUUUGGCUAUCUAGUAAAUCGGAUUUUUUUUAGUAAAACGUUUAAAGAAGAAAAGAACCUCCAUUACCUACUUAAAAAAUUUUAUUAGUAAACUAAUAAAUCUCUCCGUAGAAUGGAUUGUUAGAUCUGAACACAAACUAAACGUCUUAAAAUAUUGCGGUUUCAAAAGAAGAAAAAAAACAUUUAAGAAAAAUCAUCAAACCGAUCAUCUUUUACACUCAAAAUUAUACAACAACAAAAGAAAAAACACAUUUUAGCUGAAAACAGUGUUUAACUAUUUAUAGAACUAAAUCGUGAACUAGGACAUGUUUUUCUUUGGUAGCAAUUGUUUUAAUAGAACAAAAAGAUGUAUUAAAAAUUAAAGAAGAAAAAAAUUGUCAAUGACAGUGAUCACAUGGCAAUUAAAAUUGAAAAAGAAAAUUCAAAAUUUUAUUAUAUAUUCUUGUGAUAUACACAUUAGUCGAACAAGAAAAUUUGUGGGACAUUUUGAAUUAGGAGAAUUUUUGGAAAUUCGAAAAUUACCAAAAUUUUCCAUUGUUCCCACACUUUUUCAAUUCUUUCCAAAUUCAAACCAAUUGGCGUGAUAUUUUUAUUUUUCAAAAUUGUGAUAAAGCAUUUUUCAGUGCAUUUUGGAAUUGUGAUAUUUUUUAGCCAAAAAAAAUUGAAUAUUUGAUUUCUAUGAAAAUUUUUGGAAAUUUGUUUAUUCCCUAUGGUUGAGGAAAAGCUAUAUGUGACCACCGUCAUACAAAAAUAAGGCUUUUUUGGGCAUAAUUGUAGAAGAGAUUACUGUGUAAGAAUAUUGAAACUGUCCGAAAUGUAUUUCUAUUUUUAUAAAUAUGUGCUCUAUGUGAUACAUGUAAUAUCUUAUGUAUUGAGAAAUUUAAUAAGAAUAUUUAAAUUUCAAUUUACAUAAACGUAUAAAAAACAAAUUGUAAGAAACACUUGAUAAAAUGUGUCUAAUUUAGCGAUAUCACCCAAAAAAACAUAGCAGGACACUUUCAUAUACAAGUUAAAUUCUAUCCAAGAUCGAACGUAUCAAAAUUUAAGAGAAAAAAAAAGAAGCUAACCCGUGGUCCAAAAUCUCUAUUACGGCAAAUGAUAUAAAAAAUAGCAUUGUACAUACUACACAAAUAUUUUCAUUUUUUGGAUAUUUUAUUUUCUCUUCAAUUCUGCUCAUUCCAUUUUUCAAUGUUGUUUUUAUUUUUGAAAACUUUUCCUUCUACACUCUAUUGAUAUCAAUAAUGUAUUCCUUAAUAGUAAAAACAAAUAUAUUGUUUUAUUUUGUGAAAAUAAAAUUUAAUAAUGAAAAAUAUCUUUAAAAAAAUGCCACAGAACCUCUGUAAUUAAUUAUAAAUGUGAAAAUGAUAAAAUUUUCUUUUCUAAUGACUUUUUUUUAUAGCUAAAAUAAAUUUUAAUGAAAGAUGAAAAAAACAACUAUUUUGCAUUCUUUAUUGUUGGCAUUGAGCAAUGAAAUAGUGAAAGUGAAUGAAAUAAUUGUGUAUUGAAAUAACAAAAAAGUAAAAAAAAAAGUUUUAGUAUGAUUACUAUCUGUAGUAUAAAAAUAAUUUAAUAUUAAAAGAAUGGUUAAGCAGAAAAAAACAUAUAGCGCGAUGAUGUAUAAUGAAACGGAAGAAAAUCAACUUUCUUUAAGAUGAAUAUUUUUUAAUAUAGUGUAUAUAGGAGAAAAUUAAAUGAUAGAUAAUUAAAAAUUAAAACUUUUAUUGUCUUUUAUUGCUUAAUUUUUUUUUUACAUUAAGUAGAGAAAGAGUGAUUAAGCGGAAGAAAGAGAGAAAUAUUAAAGAAGUUUUUCAGGUCGAUAGGUAAAAAAAAUGAAGGCAUUACAGUGUAAUUGGCUCUAUUGAGUUUUUAUAUAUUAUACAUAUAUACAUACAUGCAAUCACUUUAUGUACAUGAUGUAUGUAUAUUAAAUAUUACAAAAAAAAGAAGGAAAUAAGAAUGGAUGAUAAUGUUAUGAAUAUUUAUACAGGUGACAAAUUUUUAUAAUAAGAUGAAAAAAAAAGCGAUGGAUAUAGAAUGAAAAAAAAAGACAUUUACAUGAGAAAUCAGUUAAUAAAAGUACAUUUUCCUUUA